AUGGCGAGAGGAAGUCGGGGCGCUGCCUCGGAACAGAUUCGUCGACCAAUCGACCUUUCAGGGCAUAUAUCUGCGAAUGAGAGGAACAGUCUCACAGUACUCGUUACUGCUAUUACCGACAGGAUGGAUCAGCAAAUCAGUGACAUCUUCGACUCCCCUCCUGUGGCACCAGAUCUGAGGGGUGAGGCAUACAACUGGUUGCUGUUCUCGCUGACGGAACAUAGGCCCCUUCCUCGAAACUCCAAAGACACGGAAAAGCAGUACUCCAACGCACUCAAGAACAAGAAGGCCCAUGAGAAGUGUCCCGUGGUGGAAGAGAGGUCCAAGGGCCCCCAACUGCAAGAGCUCAAGAAAGAGGCCCUUGCCUCCUUUUUGAAGUGGCAGGGGAACUUAUUGCAGAGAAUCUGGGAUAUUGAUGUAAGAGAGCUUCCGAGCUCUUUCCAAGGACCGUCUGGGAAACCCAGAGGCCGUGGUCGUGGUCCGCCACGGCUUCCGUCGAGGCACACGGAUCUGGCCCUGUCGACAAAGUAUCCGCCGACUCCGAAUGCUCUAUGGACUCUGCCGCAGGAAAGGAGGAAGCUGUUUUUGCAUAUCGUGCUGCUGGCUGCCCUGUCCUUGUCCGAAUAUAGCGCCCACACGCAUCUUCUCCUUGUCUACCUAACAUCCUCUCUGAACAUGCCUCUGAGCUUCCUCUACGCUGAGGAAGGGAGGCUGGCCGAGGCCAUGGCUCAGGUCGCAUUGGACAUGUCCCCGGAGGAGCUGCUGCGGAAAGCCGAAGAGGCUAAGAGUUCAAGGAGGGGGAGAGGCAACAAUAGCCCGGCUCCUACUUCUCUGUCUCCAACUUUGACAGCUGCAGGAAUUGGGACUCCUGACGGGAGCUUUGGUCUGACAAAAUUUGUGGCUGCAAACCUCUUGGGGCCCCUAGCCGGCGGGGGGAAAGCAAUGUGCAACUUGUUUGGUAUGAACCCGGCCAAGCCAACCAGCAAGAUGAUGGAAGUCUUCAGCCGAGAGAUUCAGGAGUUUGCCUUUGUUUCUGUGCACAGCGAGGCAGUCACCGAAUACAAUGAUGCCCGUCAGUUUGGUGCGGGGGAGCGCAGAUUCCGCUUGGUCCUUGCCAUGAGCGGCUGGGCCUCUGAAGACAAGGACAUGAGAAAACCUUGGUUGUGUCUGGGUCGUCAGACUGAGAACUAUGUCGUCCGUUGGGAUCCUAUCACGCUGCUGAGUCUGGGGAGCUCUCUCGAAACAGUCAUCAAGAGUACCGCUUGGAAAGGUUCCCAGAGGGAAAUCAGCAAGAAGUCAAUCUUCGCUUGCCUCAUCAAGUCCGAAUGGCCAGAGUCGCUCCUGAAGAUCAGCAAACUUGUCGACAACCCGUGGAGUGUGGGCACAGUGCGGUCCGAAAAGGCUGGAUUAGUCCUAGCCGAUGCCAUCAUGCGACAUAAAUUUCAAGGCGACCGAUCGGUUUCUCUAGUAGGGUACGGACUCGCAGGGCGAGCAAUCUACAUGUGCCUCAUGACUCUCGCAGAGAGGCGAUGCUUUGGUCUGGUUGAGUCCGUUGUCUUGAUGGGCGCCCCUAUACCAUCAGAGUCUCGUGUGUGGCUCACACUCAAGAGCGUCGUCCCUGGUCGUCUUGUCAAUGUAUACUCUGAGCACGACUACCUGCUCGGCUUCCUGUGCCGCUCCUCCAACACUCAGUUUGGCAUCGCCGGUCUCCAGGAGAUUCGUGGUGCUCGAGGUGUCGAGAAUUACCACGUUGGUCGUAUGCCCGAGGGCCACAUGGGAUACGAGACGAUGGCGGGCAAGAUCCUCAAGGAUAUCGGAUGGGAGUGUCUUGAUCGAGAGAGUGUGACGGGGCGAGGAAAGCAGGGCAAGGUGUCUGGUCCGAGGUGGUGA